UUCACACAGGUGUAGCAACCUACCACCGUUAUAAUUACAGGAGCCUACACCCGGUUGUCAGCCCAGAUGCAGUUCAUCAGUGGACAAUUUUCCGACUUCGCGGUUCAGAUUUUCAGUCAGCACCACUGUAUCCGUACUUUUUCUUCAACGAAGGAGUGCAUUCAGCUGGUGAUAAAAGUCAUCUUUCACCGGGUCGUUGCUACUGUUUGUGGGCGUGUAUGCGUCAAUGACAAACAGGCACCGUUAGCCGCCACGCGACUUCGAAGCGUUGAACGAGCUGGCGAACCUGACUGCCCUCAUCUGGCUGUUGACGGUGAUCCUCUCAAUCAGGGCGGCUUCAUCUCGGGGGAUCAGAGAAAUCCGCACAUCGGUUUGUGACGUCAUCUCCGAAAAGGCGCAGUGAGAAAAUUUCGCCACUCUGUGUGUUCGCAAGGUGGGCACAGAGCUCGAAUCUUGUAGGCG